AUGUCUGGGCGAUCAUCCCGGGACCCGAGCCCGACGGUCACAGCCGACAGCACGGCGGGGCCGGAAUUGGAGUUUGAUGUGGCUGCUCCACGGUCUCCGCCGACCUCUCAGCGCCGUCAAGCCAUUCAGCUCGAUGCCGUUAUUGCGAGGCCCUCCAUUGCGCGGGCGAACCUCGCCGUCUCGACAGCAAAUCCGCAUGGUAGCGUCGACUAUCCCAACCUGAAAGCCCCGGAUCUGAGGGACAAUACUGUCUUGCAGCAGCACGUUCUCUUCUGGGACCGCGACGGAGACGGAGCUAUCUACCCAUGGGACACCUACAAAGGAUUCCGCGAGCUCGGCUUCGGCAUUCCCUUCUCGCUCCUCUCCGUGUUCGUUGUCAACGCCGGUCUGUCGUAUCCCACUCGCCUAGCCCAUUCGUAUGUUCCAGACCCCUGGUUCCGCGUCUAUGUCACGAGCAUCCACAAGGCCAAACAUGGCUCAGACUCGGGAACCUUUGACAACGAGGGGCGCUUUUGCCCGCAGAUGUUUGAGAACAUGUUCUCCAAGUGGGACACGGACGGCGACGGCACCUUGUCGGCCGGCCAGCUGCUAAACAUGAUUGCCGGCCACAGAUUGGCGGUCGAUCCGUUUGGCUGGUUUGCGGGGGUUUUCGAGUUCGGAUCAACAUGGCUUCUGGUGCAGAAGGACGGCCGCGUCUCUAAAGAGGACCUGCGCCAGACGUACGAUGGUUCCAUCUUCUGGCGAAUUCGCGAUGCGAGGCUCCAUGGAAAGGGUUGGCACAAAGGGUUCGGCCUCAGAGACCUUGUCAAAUUAGCUACUUCCACCAUCGCCACGGCAGCAAUGCCAAAUGCACCCAAGCACUACCUGCAGGCGACGUAG